CUGUGACGUCAUCACGUAAACUUCCGUGGAGGCGGAGUCAGUGGAGCAGAGGUUUGGCUGUCUGUGAUGUAGAUUUCAGGGAUCAAAACAUCCAAUAUUUCGUUAUAAACGCGGAGAUCAAACUCCGUGGAGCGUCCCGAGAGAACAUACGAACCCACACCGACCCGGGAAUCACACGGGAGGAGAGCUGCCGCGUCGUGGAAAUGUCUGCGGGCUCCGGAAACAGGAACACGAACACGGAACCAUGGGGAAGCUUCGAUGAUAACCUCAUCCAGGGCAGCAGCUCUGCUGUCGUCGACAUGGAGAACAUGGACGACACGUCGGGCUCCAGCUUCGAGGACAUGGGGGAGAUGCACCAGAGGAUGAAGGAGGAGGAAGAGGUUUCAGCCGAGGCAGCCGCCACCGGUGACGAGGACGAGACCGGUGAAGACGGAGAGUUCCUGGGGAUGAAGGGGAUAAAGGGGCAGCUGGGUCGACAGGUGGCUGACGAGGUGUGGCAAGCUGGGAAGCGGCAGGCCUCUAAAGCUUUCAACUUGUACGCCAACAUCGACAUCCUCAGGCCGUACUUUGACGUGGAGCCGGUGCAGGUCCGCAGCAGGCUGAUCGAGUCCAUGAUACCAGUCCGCAUGAUCAACUUCCCCCAGAAAAUCGCAGGUGAGCUGUACGGUCCUCUGAUGCUGGUCUUCACUCUAGUGGCGAUCCUGCUGCACGGCAUGAAGACAUCAGGAACAGUCAUUAGGGAGGGGACCCUGAUGGGAACAGCUAUAGGAACGUGUUUUGGUUACUGGCUCGGUGUUUCCUCCUUCAUCUACUUCCUGGCGUACCUGGUCAACGCUCAGAUCACCAUGCUGCAGAUGCUCUCCCUGCUGGGUUACGGUUUGUUUGGUCACUGCAUCGUCCUCCUCAUCACCUACAACAUCCACUUCCACUUCCUGUUCUAUGUCCUCUGGCUGCUGCUGGGAGGGCUGUCCACUCUGCGCAUGGUAGCUGCUCUGCUGUCUCGUACGGUGGGUCAGACUCCUCGACUCCUCCUCUGUGGGACUCUGUCGGUCCUCCACAUGCUCUUCCUGCUCUAUCUUCACUUCGCCUACCACAAGAUCGUUGAAGGCCUGCUGGACUCUCUUGAAGGACCCAACAUGGUUCCUAUGCAGCGGGUUGCCAGAGACGUCCCUGAACUGACACUAAAUGCCACGAUGAAGAGCCUGGGGACCCUUCUAAAGACCCACUAAGUCCCUCCAACACCAACACCACACCCGACAAACAGAAACAUCUCUUCCUGUCAGAAAGUUCCCGUCAGCAUCACUUUUAUUAUUUGUUUGUACAUUUUUUAUCCUCUCUGUAAUAUUUGGUUUUGGGGUUUCUUUGUUUUCCAUGUUCAGAUGUAUUUAUCGUUUCUACACAGAAACUCAAAUAAACUUUAUGGACUAUGGGUUGGA